UGUCUGAAUAAUUGGCACCAUGGUUUAGAGCAGACGCCUUUUAUCAAUUCGAAUAUCAAUAUCCAGUAAUAAAGGACUGAAUGUUUUUUAUUGCAAAAUCUGAAUAUAACUGUGUUUAAAAAAACAUAUCUUAAUAUAUGUAAUGUAAUCUGUUGUUCAGUAUUCUGCGCAAUUUACAACUGGCAUAUUUUUGAACACCAUGUUCAAAAAAGGUCCUAUACCACGUUGUUAUGCAGAACGUCCUUUGACUGAAAUGUUGUGAUAGCUGCAGUAUAAGAUCUGAAGUUGUUGAUUUGUAAAUAUGGUAAAAUAAAUAUAGGGUCUAAUAAAGGCUCCUGAUCCUCACGUGUUGAGAUGUCGGCGCAUCGCUGCAUGGUCCUGCUUUCGCGGGCCAAACCGCUCGUUAAAACGCUAUCUUUUCGUAACUCUGCGGCUGCCAUGCUUGGUCGUUGGGACAGUGGACAGGUUCACAGACAUUUACGUUCUGUGUUUUCGAGUCGAAAUGUCUCUUCGAACAGUUCGUCCCGGCCUCCGGAUACUUCGCUUUUCGUCCCUCUGGACAUCAAAAGUGAUCAGACGAGCGAUGGAACUGUAGGAGCUGAGCUCACGCAACCUCUGGACAAAAGCGAACUUCUUAAAGUAUUGAACAGAUUCUACAAAAGGAGAGAGAUGCAAAGACUAGCAGCCGAACACGGUUUAGACGCCCGGCUCUUCCACCAGGCCUUCAUUAGUUUCAGGAAGUAUGUUUUGGAAAUGGGAACACUCAGUGCCGAUCUUCACAUAAUCCUCAAUGACAUUUGCUGCGGAGCUGGACAUGUAGAUGACAUUUAUCCAUACUUCAUGAGACAUGCUAAACAGAUUUUUCCUAUGUUGGACUGCAUGGAUGAUCUGCGCAAGAUCAGUGAUUUACGUGUGCCGGCUGAUUGGUACCCGGAGGCUCGUGCAAUCCAGAGAAAGGUUGUCUUCCACGCUGGCCCCACCAACAGUGGAAAAACCCACCAUGCCAUUCAGAGAUACCUGACAGCAAAGUCCGGGGUCUACUGUGGGCCACUGAAGCUUCUGGCACAUGAGAUCUUUGAGAAAAGCAAUAAUGCUGGUGUGCCAUGUGACUUGGUGACAGGAGAGGAGCGAACCUUUGUAGACCCAGAGGGCAGACAGGCUGGUCAUGUAGCCUGCACCAUUGAGAUGUGUAGUGCUACAACCCCAUUUGAAGUCGCUGUUAUUGAUGAGAUCCAGAUGAUUCGGGACCCGUCGCGUGGCUGGGCCUGGACCAGAGCUUUGUUAGGUCUGUGUGCGGAGGAGAUCCACGUAUGUGGCGAGACGGCAGCCAUUGACUUUAUAACUGAGCUCCUGUACACCACGGGGGAGGAGGUGGAGGUUCGUAAUUACGAGAGGCUGACGCCCUUCUCGCUACUGGACCAAGCUGUGGAGUCUCUGGACAACCUCCGGCCGGGGGACUGCAUCGUCUGCUUCAGCAAGAACGACAUCUACAGCCUCAGCCGGCAGAUUGAGGUCCGGGGGCUGGAAUGUGCAGUCAUCUAUGGCAGUUUGCCGCCUGGCACCAAAUUGUCUCAAGCUAAGAAGUUCAAUGACCCAGACGACCCGUGCAAGAUCCUGAUUGCCACAGACGCCAUCGGGAUGGGAUUAAACUUGAGUAUAAAGCGCAUCAUCUUUAAUUCCCUGAAGAAGCCCACCAUCAAUGAGAAGGGAGAGAAGGAGAUGGACACCAUCAGCACCUCGCAGGCCCUGCAGAUCUCCGGAAGAGCCGGCCGCUUCAGUUCCAUGUUUAAGGAGGGCGAGGUCACCACCAUGCACCGCGACGACCUUCCCGUGCUCAAAGAGAUCCUCAGCCGCACAGUGGAGCCCAUCGAGGCCGCAGGACUGCACCCCACUGCUGAACAGAUUGAGAUGUUUGCCUAUCACCUACCACAGGCCACCCUCUCCAAUCUCAUUGACAUAUUUGUGAGCUUGUCCCAGGUGGACGGAAUGUACUUCGUCUGCAACAUUGACGACUUUAAGUUCCUGGCCGACAUGAUUCAGCACAUUCCAUUAAACCUGCGUUCUCGAUAUGUUUUCUGCACCGCGCCAAUCAACAAGAAGCAACCAUUCGUCUGUACCUCCUUCUUGAAGUUUGCUCGGCAGUUUAGCAGAGAUGAGCCUCUAACAUUCGACUGGGUGUGUCGCCACAUUGCCUGGCCCCUGGCCACACCUCGCAAUAUCAAGGACCUGGUGCACCUGGAGGCUGUCCAUGAUGUUCUGGACCUGUACCUGUGGCUCAGUUACCGCUUCAUGGACAUGUUCCCGGAUGCAAACCUGGUCCGGAACGCGCAGAAAGAGCUGGACGCCACGAUCCAGGAGGGCGUGCGGAACAUCACAGGGCUCAUCCGCGCUUCGGAACGCCAGGCCGGCGCCCCCGCCUCCCUGUCCUCGGAGCCCAACGGCCCCCGGGCGCUGGCCCAUAGGAAGGGGCGUGCCUCCAAAGCUCUGGGUGCGCAGGCGGACGGGUGGGGCGCGGACAGCUCCCUCAGCUCCCGUCUGCUGCAGGACGGCCUGCUGACCCCUGACCUCCUCCAGCGGCUGCAGAGGGAGUGGCUGGAACAGCAGCGGCCCCAUGGGAAAGCUGGAGAGCCCAGCGCAGCCAUGACUAGCCAGAACAAGGUCAAGAGAAAGAAGAAGAAAUGACGAUGGGGUGGGGGGGAGGAGGGGGGGCCUUUUAUAGUUUUUUAAAGUGAAGACUAUGAUUUAUAAUAUUGUUAGUCUCCUCCUUUGGUCUUUAUUAUGAAAGCAGGCAGAUUGUCAUGCUGUCCAGAGAGCGCACAGUAUAGAAAAUUUGGUCUUCAAAUCAUCCACAGCACAUAAUGCUAUCUAUAUUAAACAUGUCCUUUUGUUGACAUGAGUUAAAGUUCAGGGUUGAAGAUAAAGGUUAACAUAUCUCCUGUUCCCCCAACUUUAAUGUGGCUAACAGGUUCUGCACUUCUCUUGUAGCAUCAUUGGAACAUGAUUGUUUUCGAUGUAAAAACAUGAACUGACUCCUGGAGCAAUGUUAAAAUAACACUAGAAGUGCAUCAACAGUAGGGAUUUUACUCAUUUAUAAAAAAUAAUUGAUUCAGAAUCCAUUUUGGCUACAGUAUUCUGAAAAGCUGCUUGUGUGCGUCCAUUUGUCCUUUAAACACAGGCUUUGACUAACUAUGCCAAGCAGUAGUUACUUUCUUCAGAUUGUCCAAUUCAACCGUCACUAAAACAAACUGCCCAAAUUGAGUGUGUGAGUAGGAAGUAACACUUGCAUUUACUAGAAAGUAAAAGGCGGUUGUUGAUUGAACACAGGCCAGAGUUAAGGGCAGUUGUUAAUUGGAUACAGGUUGCACGCACUCUUUUAAACCAAGGUUGCAGUCGCAUGAAGAUGCUGGGGACCUUUACAGGGACCAGGCAUUCGUUUUUUUUUAAUACAAACACACCCUUGGAAAAGUCUGAUAAAAUGAGCCUCGCUGAACUGGACUGAAAAAUGAAUGAAGUGAACUUUGCUCUGAAAAACCAUGUCUGUUUAGUCAUGGUGCUUCUGAGUGCCUCCCUGUAGAAAUGUGAGAGGAGCUCACAUUGAAUAAAGACCUGGAGGUGUCCGUUUUGUAAAAUUUAAAUGAGUAAACAUAACUGUCAUUAAACAA